CCUGGUGACCCUUCCUCCUCCUGAGGCUCGGAUCGGAUGGGUAGUCCGCGCGUAUCUCGCGGUCGCGGUGUCCAUGUCGCCGCUGCAGUGCGUUGCCAGCGUUUGCCACAGCGAGACACGCCGCCAUUCAACCGCCGAGCCGCGCUCGGGCGCUCGUCAUGGACCGCGAUAGUGAGCGACAGUGACGGUGCCGACGACACUAUGUCCCAGUCAUGGUGAAGGCGCUAUUCCUGGGCCUACUGCUAGCCGCCGCUUACGUUGGUUCCGUGAGCGCCGCCCCCCGCCCCCGGCCGGACGCCGACGAUCAAGACUCACCCCCAGCAGCCGCCCCCGAGGAGGACCCGGCCGCCCGCAGUGAGCGGAGCGCCAACCUGUCACACGUGACGGGCACCGCCAGGCAGGUCCAAAUGUUCAUCAAAAACCGCCACCUGCAGAUCCUUCCGGAUGGUACCGUCAACGGAACCACCGAUGAAAUUAGCAAUUACACAAUAAUGCAAAGGACUACUAUCGGUAUAGGACAGUUGCGAAUCCAAGGUGUUUUUACAUGCCAGUAUUUGUGUAUGGAUGAGUGUGGUUUACUGUAUGGCUCGCUUGAUUUUAAAGAUGAAUGUAUCUUUAACGAGACCAUGGAAAGGACGAACUACAACAAGUACUGGUCGAACAAAUACUCAAACGAUCGGCGGACAUUCUACCUCGCCCUGAAUCGACGCGGCCAGCCCCGAAAAGUGAUGGUCAAGGCUCGCCAGCAGCUCGGCAAACUAGACUCUUACACGCGCGUGUUGACGCGACCCGUGAUGCACGACCAUCCGAUUCGUCACCACAACCACCAGAAGUGUCCGCCCAGUGCGCCGCGCCACCAACAGCCCACAGACCCUCCUCGGUGUCGGAAGAAGAAGAAAAAAAAGAAAAAAAAACGAAAACUUGACGACGACAACGACAACGAGCCCAAGAAGGGCGACAACUCGGGACAAAAGUGUGAAGUUGCGAACACUACAGUGACUAGCUUAAGUGUGAACAGUUCGAACGCGACAACAGACAAUACGGAGUGCCAAAGAAACUUAACAACACUUGCUAACAAACUGAGAGCGAAAAACAAUCUUAAUGCGAAGUCGUUACUAGGUGAUAAGAAAAAUAAGAAUAAAAAGAAGAAGAAGAAGAAGAAAACCCUUAAUAAUAAGCAGAGGAAAAGACUGGAUCAGGUUGAUGUAGUUCAGGAGACCACUACAACGACAACGAUGACUCCUAUGACGUCGACGACAUCUCCAGAUGAUAUUUUUAACGAGGAAGAUUACCCUAUAGAGUCGUCUACUCAUCACGAUUGGGAAGAUCAGCUACCUACAGCUACGUCUAAUAGUUUGUUAGCAAAUGAGAAACAAUCUGUUUAAAUAAACGUGAAAAUAUCAAAUGAAACACCUGACUGAAUACUAGCAACACACACAUUUGUGCAUCCUUCAUCUUUUUAUUUAUUUUUACUAUUUAUUAUUGUCGCAAGUAAACAUUCCAAGCAACAUGCAUAUUUAUAAGAUAUUUUUUUUUAUUUUGCUUCGAAUGUUUACUGUGAAACGACUUACCUUGUAUAUAUAUAGUUUUACGUAAAAAUACCUCACGAUAUAUUUAGGAACCCUUUCUUAGUUUCAUAAAUGAAUAUGCUCUUUUAAUAAAAUCUCAAAAGCUAAGAUUUCCAGCCUGGAAUUACUUUUUUUAUUGACAUAUCAUCUUAAAAACCAAAUAAAAAUAAAUCACUAAUAAAAGAUAUAAAUUUAGAGUUUCUCUGUUUCUUACUUAUUUUUUGAAAAAACAAAAUAUGUUAAGAAUGAUUCGAGAAGUUCCUGAUGGCUGCGAAUCUUAGCUUUUGGUUUAUUAUUAAUAUUUUUUUUUUAAUUUGGAUUGGCAUUGAUGAAUCUCAUUAGAAAGCGAUUGAUCCCUGUAUCUGUCAAUGCCCUAAAGUAGAUUGCUGUGACUUUUUUGGUUUUAUCAUAUAUUAUACGCUUAGAUCCAGAUCUUUUUUUGUAUUUUGUGUAGAUACUUGAAUAGGAGAACAAUAGAUGUACGCAAAUAAAAAUUUUAAAAGAAAAUUAAGACAUGGUUAACUGUUUAAGGUUUUGCAGAAAUAGAGGCAACUGUAAUAGAUUAUUGCGAUACAACUUUGAGAUGUUUCGUAGAGAUAAUAUUAAAAAAAAUCUAUACAAAGACAUGUUGGAAGCCAUAUUUACCACUAUCAGUCAGUAUUAUUUUAAAACUAGAUUAAUGUAAAAAGCCAAGCAAUAAACUGUAUAAAGAAAUUA